AUGAUAACCGUGUGCAAGGCCAUCCUAAUAGCAGCGACCAUUUGUUACCACGUAGCUCUUUCCCUUGUGAGACAAAACCGAAUCGAUGGAAACGCCCUGCUUUAUGUUAAGGAGCACGCCCGUUCGUUCUCUCACAAUUGCAAAAAGGAAAAACGCGUAAAACGCGUAAAAUGUGUAAAAUGUGUAAAAUGCGUAAAAUGCGUAAAAGGAAUAAACGGGGGGAGGAAACAAUGGAACGUCCCCUUGCGCAUGACGGACGAGAAAGAAAGCGACAAAACGGAUAAAUGUACCCCCGUGGAAAGCCUAAAAUUUUACGGCUUUUCCCGCAUUUAUGAGCAUUUCAAAUUGAAUAAAAGUGAGUCAGGUGUUGGUAGGGGGGACCCACCUCCGUCCAGCGAGGCUGCCAGUGGCGCGGCCAGUAGCGCGGCCAGUAGCGCGACCAGUAACACGGCCAGUAACACUGCCAGUAACACUGCCAACAACAUCACUGGCAGCAUCUCGGAGAGCGACACUGGGGAGGACCCCCAACCCAGCAGCGACGCCGUGAAGGAACAAAACAACAACCUGCUAGUCAAAGAUGACCCGAACCGAAUCCAAAGAAUGAAAUUCGAAGAUACCCAAGACUACAGCAGUAUAUUCAAAGAGAGGGAAAAAAAGACCCACGUCAAAACAUACGUCGCGAACAUCUUUCAGAAAUUGCCCAAAUUUAAGGACAACAUAAAGGUAAUUAAAGACGCUCUCCUGUACCUAAAGUUUAUAGAAAAGGGAAACCUAUAUUUAAUUAAAAAUGUUGACAGAAAAACGGUGAAUGCAGAACCGUACGUCGAUUUGGAUAAGGAAGGCGGGUCCAAAAAUGCAGGCUCCGUGAGGGGAACCAAAAAGGACAAAAUAAAGCUAGAACUCACCAGCAUUUAUAACAACAUAAAUAAAGAAAAACACACGAAAAAAAGAAUCUGCAAAGAAUGCUGCAUUAAGGUGGACCUAUACACAAAGAUGCUCUCUCGACCAUUGAAUAACAUCUACAAUGUACACAAAAAUUUAAAGAAGUAUCUGCACCCAUUUCAGUACAGCCUGUAUGAAAAUGCAAUCACAAAUUUCUACAAAGAGGGAGAAGCAGCCAACUCGUUAAGUGACGUCCUUAAUAACAUUUUACAAAUUAGAAAGUUAAUAACUCUCACGGGGAAGACAUACGCAGGACAAAUGAAGUACCUAAAAACUUGCAGAGAAAUUUUCUCAAAACUGAACGAAGCUAUCGUAGAUCUGAACAUCAUCUUACAGUCAGGCAGAAAAUGGCUAGAUGCCUACAAUUCGUACAUUAAAUGCGUUAGAAAAAUUAAAUACAUAGACAUUACCAAACCAGCCAUUUCCAUCAUAGGGUGCACAAAUGUAGGGAAGAGCAGUGUCCUCAAUUCUGUCACCAAUGCAAAGUCUAAGGUGGCUGAUUAUAAUUUCACCACCAAGGAAUUUAAUCUAGGCCACUAUUCCUUUACUAGCCAAAAUGACGUAUUCACAACCCAAAUUAUGGACCUUCCAGGAUUAAUUAAUCGGCCUGAAGAGAAAAGAAACCUCAUGGAGAAACUCUCCCUUUCCUCAUUAAAAAAUAUCCCUUCAGCAGUUAUGUACAUUUUUGACCCUCUCAAAAAGGAUGACCAUAAAUUCUCCUCCAUCAAAUCACAGGUAGAUAUUCGCUACUACCUCAGGGGGUUGUUUCCCUUCAGACCUUGGAUUGAUGUUGUCACCAAGGCGGACCUAACUACCUGGGAUGAAAUUAACCUCCCGAAAGAUAUUAAAGAAAAUGCCCUGUUCAUCUCGACGGAAGACAAAAAUUCGCUACUCCCACUGCGGCAGAGAAUCAACGAAGUGACCUUUAAGCUAACCGACUUUUUAGCGAAGCAUACGAUGGAGCCAUGA